AUGUCAAAACCCUCCGGCGGUGCUGGAAACAAGUUCCGUCUCACUCUCGGUCUGCCAGUAGGUGCAGUUCUGAACUGCGCUGACAACAGCGGAGCAAAAUCCCUCUACAUAAUCGAACCCUUUGGUUUCGGUGCUCGUCUGAACCGUUUGCCUGAUGCCGGUGUUGGCGAUAUGGUUGUCGCGUCGGUGAAGAAGGGAAAGCCCGAGUUGAGAAAGAAGACCAUGCCCGCCGUAGUCGUCCGUCAAAGAAAAGCAUGGCGUCGAAGAGACGGCGUGUUCCUCUACUUCGAGGACAAUGCCGGAGUCAUCGUGAACCCCAAAGGAGAAAUGAAAGGCUCAGCUAUCACUGGUCCUGUCGCAAAAGAAUGUGCGGAUUUAUGGCCGCGUAUCGCAUCCAACGCUGGGACGGUCGUAUGA